AUGGCAUUGUUUGUCGCCCUGAUCAUCCCAUUGCCAUACGCUGCCAAACGAAAGUUAUUCAACUUCAUCUCCGAAAGUCCCCUGGUCGCUAAAUUACAGUAUGGAAUGAAGAUAACUUUCAUCUUCAUCCUUAUUCUCUUCGUUGACAGCGUCAACCGAGUCUAUCGUGUUCAGGUUGAGAUGGCUCUCCUUGCUAAAGACUCUUCGGGCGCAGGACGGGCUGCAGCCGUUGGUUCUGAACGCAUGGAAGUCCAAGCUCGCAAGUUUUAUUCCCAACGCAACAUGUAUCUAACCGGAUUUACCCUCUUCUUGUCUCUGAUCCUCAACCGCACUUACGGCAUGAUUCUCGACGUUCUCCGGCUGGAAGAGAAGGUCAAGCAAUAUGAAGGAGACUCGACUGCUGGAGGCAAGGAAGGCGAGAAGCUUGGUCACAGAUACCGCGCUGACCAGAUUGGAGAGCUCAAGAAACAACUGGACAAGAAGGAUCGAGACUUGGGAGCCAUGAAGAAGCAGGCUGAGGGUUUGCAGAGAGAAUAUGAUGAACUGAGCGUCAAGUACAACCAGAUGAAUCCUGGCGACGGAAAUAAGAAGAGCAACUAA